AUGAAAAAAGACAAUGGCACCUGCUUCACUGAGAUUGCCCUGCUGGGCUUCUCCGAUUUCCAGACUCUGCAAGAACUUCUCUUUUGCCUCGUUCUGACAUUCUACUUCAUGGCCUUGAUGGGCAACAGCCUGAUUUUGAUCCUCAUCAUUCUCAAUCCUACCCUUCAUACUCCAAUGUACUUCUUCCUCUGGAACUUGUCCUUUCUGGAAAUCGGCUACACCUCGACCAUCGGCCCAAAUUUGCUAAUGAAUUUAUUAUCAGAGAACCAGACUAUAUCUUUUUGGGGCUGUGGAUGUCAAAUGUGUUUCUUCAUUCUCUUUGGUAGCACUGAUUGUUGUCUUCUUUGUGUCAUGGCUUAUGACCGCUAUGUUGCCAUUUGCAAACCCUUGCAAUAUCCCUAUAUCAUGAACUACAGGGAAUGUACUAAGCUUGCUGCUGCCUCAUGGGCCAUUGGGGUUUUCAUAGGUUUGGGCCAAUCCAUUUCAAUAUUGACUCUUCCCUUCUGUGGGUCAAAUAGAAUCAGCCACUUCUUCUGUGAUGUUUUGCCUGUUCUGAGACUGGCUUCCACCAAUACCUACAAAAAUGAAGUGGCCAUUGCCACAAUGGCAGUUCUAGUUAUCCUGGUACCCUUUCUGCUCAUCCUUUUUUCCUACAUCCUCAUCAUCUCCACUAUUUUCAGGAUGCCAGUGGCCAAGAACAGGCGCAAAGCAUUUUCCACGUGUUCCUCACAUCUCACUGUGGUCUGCAUUUUCUAUGGAACUGGCAUUUUUACCUACAUUCGUCCCAACUCAGCAUAUUCCAUGGACAGUAACAGAUUCCUUGCAGUGCUGUACAUAGUAGUGACCCCAAGCUUGAACCCCAUCAUUUACAGCUUGAGGAAUAAAGAGAUUAAAGCUGCUUUCAUGAAAUCAGCAGUAAGGAAACAGGUCUUCCUUAGGUAA